AUCUCGAGUCAUGGUCGAGGGGAAGUGAUCGAGCGGUCGCCUCGUCACACAAAUGGCUCGUCUCGGUAUCCGUCAACGAGAAGGGCCUCGGCGAAUAGAUUGAUUGGAUAUUCCAAACGUCUGGCAACAGCACACACGUCAAAUACAGCGCGGCUUGCGCUCAGUGAGCCUGCGCUAAGAGCAAAAGAGGAGGUUCCCGAAUAGAGUCCUUUAUUUAUUAUUUCUUUGUUUCCAGUCUGGGAAAUAAUUACAGCCGCACGUUGUACAGCACUUCAUUUAUUGUAGUUGGCCGUAUACACCAGAAAACUGGAUAAGAUUACAGUGGUUAGCCGAAGGCCAAAGCCAAGAGGAGGAGGAUGAAGCGGCGCAAUGCGGACUGCAGCAAACUCCGACGGCCGGUAAAACGGAACCGAAUCACCGAGGGGAUAUACGGCAGCACUUUCCUGUACCUGAAAUUUCUGGUGGUGUGGGCAUUGGUGCUACUGGCUGACUUUGUGUUGGAGUUCAGGUUUGAGUACCUCUGGCCAUUCUGGCUCUUCCUCCGGAGUGUGUACGACUCCUUCAGAUACCAGGGGCUGGCCUUUUCAGUAUUCUUUGUGUUUGUGGCGCUUACUUCGGACUUCAUUUGUCUCCUCUUCAUUCCCGUACAAUGGCUAUUCUUUGCUGCCAGUACUUAUGUGUGGGUGCAGUAUGUCUGGCACACAGAGAGAGGAGUCUGUCUACCCACAGUGUCACUAUGGAUACUCUUCGUGUACAUAGAGGCAGCCAUCAGAUUCAAAGACCUGAAGAACUUCCAUGUAGACUUGUGUCGUCCCUUUGCUGCACACUGCAUUGGCUAUCCAGUGGUCACACUGGGCUUUGGCUUUAAGAGCUAUGUAAGCUAUAAGAUGCGCCUCCGGAAACAGAAGGAGGUGCAGAAGGAGAAUGAGUUUUACAUGCAGCUUCUGCAGCAGGCUCUGCCUCCAGAGCAGCAGAUGCUCCAAAGGCAGGAGCGAGAAGCAGAAGAAGCAGCAGCUAAAGGAUUACCUGAAGUGGACACACCUCCAGUGUUGCAGAAUGGCGCCCCUGCCAAUAAAAAGACCUCGACGUCACUGCCGGAGUUAGAGUAUAAAGAAAAAGGGAAAGAGGGGAAGGGUAGUGGGGACACUAAAAAGCAGCACAACAGCAACAGCAUCCUGCCAUCAUCAGUGGACUCUAAACUCCAGGAGAUGGAGUAUAUGGAGAACCAUAUGAACAGCAAAAGACUAACCACAGAACUGGGCAGCACAGAAAACCUGUUGCUUAAAGAGGACAACAAUUCCUCUUGCUCGUCCUCUUCCUCCUCCUCCUCCAAAAAUUACAAAAACAACAAUGCCACAGCGCUCAACUCCUCGCCGCGUGGCCACAGUGCUACAAAUGGCAGUGUGCCCUCCUCUGCGCCUUCCUCCUCCUCCACGGGGAAGAACGAGAAGAAGCACAAGUUAGCGGUCGGGAAGGGGACGUCAGGUGGCUCCAACAGGGAUCCCACAGACAACUGUAUCCCCAACAACCAGCUUAGCAAGCCAGAAGCACUUGUUAGAUUGGAGCAGGACGUUAAGAAGCUGAAGGCGGACCUGCAGGCGAGCCGGCAGGUGGAACAGGACCUGCGCAGCCAGAUUGGCACACUGGGCAGUGCUGAGCGCUCAAUACGUACUGAGCUAGGCCAACUGCGCCAGGAGAAUGAGCUUCUGCAGAAUAAGCUCCACAAUGCUGUACAGGCAAAGCAAAAGGACAAGCAAGCUGUGGGACAACUAGAGAAAAGGCUUAAAGCUGAGCAGGAAGCUCGUACGACUGCUGAGAAACAGCUAGCAGACGAAAAGAAGCGCAAAAAGCUUGAGGAGGCUACAGCAGCCAGGGCAGUAGCAUUAGCUGCUGCUUCCAGAGGGGAGUGCACAGACACGCUGCGAAGGCGGAUCACAGAAUUAGAAACAGAGUGUAAGAAACUAACCCUGGACAACAAGCUUAAGGAGGACCAGAUCAGGGAGUUUGAUUUAAAGGUUCAGGAGCUUCAUAAAUACAAGGAGAAUGAAAAAGACACAGAAGUGCUGAUGUCAGCGCUGUCAGCCAUGCAGGACAAGACCCAGCACUUGGAGAACAGUCUCAGUGCAGAGACCAGGAUCAAACUGGACCUCUUCUCCGCACUGGGGGAUGCCAAAAGACAGCUGGAGAUUGCGCAAGGUCAGAUCCUUCAGAAAGACCAAGAAAUAAAAGAUCUGAAACAGAAGAUAGCCGAAGUGAUGGCUGUCAUGCCCAGCAUCUCAUACACAACAGACACCAGCAGCAUGACCCCCGUGGCCCCCCACUACUCCUCCAAGUUCAUGGACACCAACCCCUCUGGUCUGGACCCCAACGCCUCAGUUUAUCAGCCCCUCAAAAAGUGACUGCUUUAUGCUAUCUCUCCUUCCAUUCGCCCUUUUUCUCUUUUUUGGGGGGGCAUGGGGGGGUUCCCUGGCCCGUCACCCUUCAAUCUGCUCGGCAUGUCUGCGGCUGAGAAUAUUUUUUUUCUUGGCUCUUUCUUUUUUCCUCGCCAGGUCAGGAGGUUGUUGUAUUGUGUGUAGUUGAAACAAAAUACAAAAAAUAAAUAAACCAGACAUCAAUUUCAUUAGAAAGUUUUUUUUUUCCUCAUGAGUGUUUAGUGAAACCUCACAGAUUGGGGGAUGUAUCGAUUCGCUGUCAUCUACCAAUACAGCCAACAAGCUGCACUUUGGUUCUUGGGAGUGACUGUUUUAUGAUUUAGGGGUGGAGAAGUCCCUCCUAAACCAUCAAACGGAUCCCAGGCUAUAUACCCUCUUCUCCCAAGUUAAUAAGGAAACAUUUGUACAAUCAGAGGAAUGUAGUGCAACAUUAGCACAGACCCACUUACUUUAUUAUUUUAAUUUACAAUCAGACACUUAAUACACAAACCCUGCUCCGUUGCUUGAGGGUUAUUGUUUUUGAGAUGCGUUGAGUGAUUUUGUCUCAGCGGAUCUUUUUUAAGACUCAAGCUGGAUGUGGUCAGAACGCUCAGAAUCAGGCCAUUUUGAGUUAAAUACAGGCAGACUGCUAUGAAAAAACAUGUAUAAGUGUUCUGAUUUUCUAUGUUGUAUUUUGGAGUGAGCUUUAAGUUUAAGAUUGCUGGAUAAGCUGGUCAUUAUUUUUGCAUAGUAUUUCAGCCGGUCUCAUGAUUACAGUGCCUUGAUUGAGGACAUAUUGAGUUAAAGAAUCAAUUGCAAACUUCAAAUUUCCCAUCAGAGUUAUUUGGCCAAAGGGCCAAGAAAGAAUAUUUGAAAUGGAAAUUGUUUUCUGGUGCUGAUUUAUUUAUUUAUUUUUUCUUCAGAACAAUGUGAAAAUCUCUUGAGCACUUGAAGGUGUCACUUAGUUGGAAAAAAAAAAAGAAAAAAGAUUUGGUCCUGGUUGCGUGUCAGUGUUUGGUCAAGGCCUCCUUCUACUGCACUCAUCACUCAGCUAUGCUGCUUAGCUGCUGCCUAUGUUGUUUCUUUUUCAACUUUUAUGUUGCACUGCAGAAAACAUAUUUGAAAGGGAAACAAAAAAACUUAAAUGGGCCGUGCAAUGUGAAUCAGAGCUUUGAGAACGCCAAAAACUAAAUAUUGGAUUUAAAGGAACUGUAUUUAAUUGACCCCCCUAACCAUUCAGUUUGUGUUCCAAGAAUGCAAUUCUACUUCCUCUCUAGUAGUGCAUUCAAGAAUGUACUGCAAACACAUUGGAUGACAUUUUUGGGGG